UCAUUUUGUGUUACUAUCGUUCACUCUAAUUGUUUAUCAUCCCCACCAACAGCAGUUGCGAAUAUAUUCCUUGCAACAUCCUUGCUACAUCCGGCUACCGGCCUAGUUCAUCCUUGUUGUCUUAUGUUCAUUUCUACAAAUCCUUUUCCCCCACCAUUGCAUUCUGUUUGCAACUUAUAGCAUCUUCGUUGUUUCGCGUACAAGCGCAUGCGCAGUUCAAAAAAUAAAUUUGAAUGAAUUGGUUUGCCAUUCAUUCAUUCAGGAAAGAUUUCCCAUAAAAUUCCUUAGCAGUGUAACACAUAUUUCCACCGAUGAGUUCACGGUGAGCAACGGAUUUGUUUGGUGAAAUGUUCGAAGUUCCUCUCUCAUAUCCCAACACUGCAAAAGAGUGUUCGUUUGCGCUGCGAAAAGAAUCUCGUACGUUGGCUAAAACGGAAACAUAUCGCUUCAAAACCGACUUUUCCGCCCCUAUUACAUUCCGCACAUCCUUUCGUUGGGAGAGAAACGUAACAAACAGACCAUGGUUUCUGUGUUCGAUUCGCUCGGGAAUGCCGAAGCGAAGGAUCCGAUUUUUGCUUCAGUAUCAAUUUGUCACUGGUCGGGUGUGAUCCGCAUACGCGGUUUGACGUUUGACGGACGUCCGGUGCGUUUUGGGUUACGCGGUUCGUUUUUCUCACGAAGGGUGCGUUGCGGGAUCGUUCCCGAAAAAAACCCCGUUCGAAUAGCGUAGAGUUCUAGUGGUAACGCAGGUGUGAAUGUAAUGGUUAGUUUUGGUCAUAUGAUUAAUAAAUGUCUGGCUAGUGGUGAUUUCGGAUUUGGAAAAAGGUGUAAAUAUCAUACCGCCUACAGUGUGCUAAUUUGAGUAACCUGAGACGCAGGCACUUUAGGCCAAUGCAAGUCAUUCGAAGCGCAACAAUCGCCAAAAGUGGGUAUCAAGUGAUGUGAAUUACCGGCCCCGAAAUUGGUCGCAUACACGCGCGUGUUUUGUGUGUAUACUUGUGUCAGUGUGUGUGUCGUCAGUUCGCGGUGCGUAUGUUGCUUUUCCUCGGAAAAAUUGAACGCCGUACGGCAAAUUCAGUUUAGUGCGUGACGGCUUCAGUCGAUCAAACGGAGGAUUGAGAAAUAAGCAUGGAUACACCAGCCCAAUCCAAAAAGGGGCCCAACAUGGAAACGAGGUCGAUGAGCGUAGUGCACGGUGAGAAGUAAGAAGUAAGAAGAAGCAGGUGCAACAACAAAAAAAUCCAUCCCACGGUACUAAGCAAAAAAAAAAGGAAGAAGGAAAAUCUUGCGGAUUUUUGUUGGCCUUUUUUUCCCAGUGGCAUUUGUGCAUGUGUUUUGUGACUCGCAUCGGGGCCCCAUUUUCGGCGAAAGGCAAUUUAAUUAAUACAAGUGCUGAUUGGCCAAACGUGUCGCGGUUUCGGUGGUAACGGCUGUAAGGCGCUUCGCCGAAGGUGCACUGGAUCAUAGCGGAUUGGAUCUGGGGCCAAACAAGGUGGAAAAACAGGAAAAUCGUCACGGUCACGCUUUUGUCCCGGACACCCUUAAAUCGGUCGGCGGCAGCAGCAGCAAAGGUAGACAGAGGUAUGCCUGCUACGGAGUGGAAACGGGUGUGGAAAAGCAAUAAUUUAUCGAUUCGAAAUCGCCAACCAACCUUAAGCCUAUGAAACCAUUAUGCCCACUGGUGACAACGCGAUAAGAUGUUGCGAAUAGAAUGUGAGUUCAACCGUGCGCACCGAUGAUGAACAGAAACUGGAAGCAAUCGAAGCGAUUCGCCGCUACUGGAAAAGUCCUUCGCCGAGCAGGCACGGUACAGUUAUUUUUCUUACCGACAAGGCAGUGUGGUGAAAAUCGACAGUAAAACAUAAUUAACUCAUUGACCAAGUUAACACUAUCCCCAGCAGAGAAAAAAGCAUCGCUCGUUCGCUCAUUGAAACGGGUUAACAGUAACAGGCUUCCAAAGCGGUAAUUUCUUACCAAAAGCAACGUGAUUUCCUCGCGCUUUCCGGACCAUGGUGCAGCACGGUGUAACGGCUUAAAUCCAUUUUCUUUUAAUGAAUGACUUUACGGUCCGCGUCCAAAGGACCACUGCUUUGUCCAUUUAUGAGCUGAGGAUAAAAUAGUGUUUUUUUUUUUGGUGUGUGUGAAGAAAGAAGUAAAACCGAUACGAACGAUUUCCUGCCAUGGUGAAAGAGGUUAAGUUGGUGUAUUAAGUGCAUUACAUGAGUACGAGUGAUUUUUUAUGUGUUAAAUAGAAGUGAAGUUGCACCUUCGCUGCAACAGAAGUGUGUGCUACCUGGGCGUCAUCGUAGCAAAUCGUAUAAUGUGUACUUCGGAUGCAAUUGCAAAAAUGCAUCCUCACUUCGAUGGUUUUGAGUGUGGCGAGUGUUUCUUUACUUAAAAAAAAUUUACUAAUUUGUUGAAAGAUUUACACAGCUAGUGUAAAUGAAGAAAGUGAAGUGAAAUUAACGUACGGUGGUGAUAAUGAAAAUGCGACGAAAAAUGAAAUGUAACAUCUUAAACCAUGUGUUGAAUCUCAUUGUGAUCCACAUUAUUCUUGCACAAUCUACGCUUGGUUUGCAACAAGUGGCAGUGGAUAAGGAAAAGCAUGUAAAAUCCUCGGAAAUCCAAGCUGUAGAAGGUCGGAAGAUCUCCUUGCCCUGUCCUUUAUCUGCACCGUCCAGGGAUAAAGUGUACAUGGUCUUGUGGUUCAAGGACGACGCCGGAAUUCCUUUGUACAGCUUUGACGUACGGGGGAAACCUUUACAGCAAGCCCGGCAUUGGUCAGCGCCGGAAAUUUUUGGACCCAGAGCCCACUUCAACACCGACACCGAUCCGGCUACUCUUGAUAUACAGGACGUCCGGCGCCAUGACGAGGGUGUCUACCGCUGUCGGGUUGACUUUCGUACCAGUCAAACACAGAGCUUUCGAUAUAAUCUCAGCAUCAUCAUUCUUCCCGAGCAUCCUGUUGUUCUAAGCCAGUGGGGUCAACAAUUAAACAGCACAAAGCUUGGUCCAAAAGAGGAAGGUGACGAUAUCGUUCUAACGUGUCGCGUUGUUGGAGGUCGUCCCCAACCGUCGGUGAAGUGGCUCAUCAACGGCAUUCUGGUCGAUGAGCAGUACGAACACAAUUCUGGCGAUGUCAUCGAAAAUCGGUUGCUAUGGCCGGCGAUCCAACGGUCGGAUCUGAAUUCCAUCUUCACCUGUCAGGCAACGAACACGCUGCUUGUGGAACCGAAGGAGAGCAGCUUUGUGCUGGAUUUACAUCUGAAACCAUUGAGUGUGAAGAUAAUGAACCCGCAGACGCCAUUAGUAGCCGAUCGACGAUAUGAAAUCUCCUGCGAAAGCGUUGGUUCGAGGCCAAAUGCGAUUAUAACCUGGUACAAAGGAAAGCGACAAUUACGUCGUGCAAAGGAGGAAAUUCUGAACAACACGACCCGCUCGGAGCUUAGCUUCGUUCCAACAACCGAGGACGAUGGUAAGCUGAUAACUUGCCGUGCCGAAAACCCGAACGUUACCGGACUGUUUCUGGAAACAUCCUGGAAGAUUGAAGUUGUCUAUCCACCGAUUGUGUCGCUGCGGCUCGGUUCAACACUAUCGGCGGAUGACAUCAAGGAAGGGGACGAUGUUUACUUCGAGUGUCACGUCCAAGCGAAUCCUCCGUGGAGAAAAUUACACUGGCUACACGACGGUGUUAUGAUAACUCACAAUGCCUCUGCCCGUGUGAUAAGAUCCAAUCAGAGCCUUGUACUGCAAAAGGUUACCCGCAACUCGUCCGGAAAUUAUUCGUGCAGUGCAAUCAAUGCCGAAGGUGAAACGGUCAGCAAUCAGCUAGCGUUACGGGUGAAGUAUGCACCGGUAUGUGCUACCGAUCGGAUUAUCAUUGUCGGUGCAUUCCGGAGCGAAUCGCUGCAAAUACCGUGCGAGGUACAUGCCGACCCACCACCGAGACAGUUCAACUGGAAGUUUAACAAUUCCGGCGAAACGCUCAAGAUUGGCAAGGAACGUUACGUGAAGAAUGGUUCCGUCAGUCUACUCAACUACAUGCCGGUGAGCGAUCAGGAUUAUGGGACGCUUACGUGCUGGGGUCAGAAUGAGGUCGGUACCCAAGAUUGGCCCUGUUUCUUUCAGGUCGUGCUAGCAGGACUUCCGGCGACGGUGAAAAACUGCUCGAUAAACAAUCAAACGCAGCAUUCCGUUGAAGUGCAGUGUCUGCCCGGGUACGAUGGUGGUUUGCCGCAAAUUUUCAUCCUCGAAGUGAUUUCCAGCCGGACCGGUCGUGUGCGGUACAACAUUACCAACCCGGAUGAACCAUACUUUCUGGUGGAAUCGCUUGAAAACUUGAUUCAUUACGGGGGUGCGUAUGACGACGUCGGGGAUGACAACCCACUGAAGGCCAUCAUUUAUGCCGUCAAUCAGAAGGGCCGCAGUCAGGGCAUAGUGGUGAAAGAUUUCUACCUGGAAAGUAGUGUAGAAAACCGCGCCGUGUUAACGAGCAACUCGCUUGAUAGUAUCUCACCGAUCCUUUUCGGUGUGCUGCUAACGCUGCUGGUGCUCUGUUUCGUUAUCUUCGUCCGUGUGUAUUACAUCAAAGCGACUGCCACGAGCACCACCAUCACCAACGUUAGUAAUGACUUAGUUAGUAAUUCAAAGCAAGGCAACAACAAACAGGACAGCCUAGCCAAGAAAUCUACCAAACAAAGCCCCCGCUGGCAGCAGGGUAACACUGGGGGCAGUGGUACCGGUUACGGUGGUCCCGGAACCGGAUGUGGACUGAUCGUCGAUGGACGAUCGCGGGACGAAAAGCUGGGCGUACCGGAUGGGAUGGAGGAUGAACGGGACCCGGACGUGAUACCCGCACAGUUUGCAGUGUCGAACGAUCCAGAAAGCGUUAGCUUCAACUCCUCUAAGUGGCCAAACGGGAACUUUUAUGACAGAUACCCAAACCAUGACAUACGACCAUCGGAGCUGCUGAUACCGUCCGCGACAGGGACAUUAGGUCCGACGACGACGAAUCAAUUACACCCGAAUGUUAAUCAACCGGGUGAUAGUAUUAAAUUAGGUCCAUACUACACGUCCGGUGGUCUAUUGACUGGUGGCGUCACGACGGGCAGCACGACUGGAACUCCUCUCGGAGGAUCUUACCUCAGCCCGGCCGGGUCACAUCCACUCGAUAGCGGUGGUUUGGAUGGUGUUGGUGGUGGCGGCGGCGGCGGCGCGCUAAUGUAUAGCGGUGGUGGUGGUGCCGGCCAAACACUAGUUGGCAGCCAUCAUCAAUCAAGCCUGCUGCCGAACGGUGGCACCGGUACCGGAGUUAAUCCUAACGAUUAUGACAUCAAUGUACAUACCAUCAAAAAUAUGCUAAUGACAACUCGCGUGCCGGAAAGCUGCGUCUAGUUCAACCCAACCUGGCAAAGAAAACUGGCCACCAUUUUACUACGAAGAACGAAGCGUAAGAACGAUGUAGAAUAAUGAUGAUGUUUCUCGAUGGCGCAGUAUGAGCUUCCAGGAGGCGAUUUUUCUUUUAUUUUCAUCUGCUUCUUUCGGGUAGGAAGAUUUCAUCACCAAAAACCAAAACCCAGCGGUGGUUAGAAAAGCGUUAAAUUUACAUUUGAAACAAUGCAUUAUUGGUGCGGUUUGAGAGGUUUAAUUGAAUGAACGGUAAAACGGUAUGACUGAUGGACUUCCCUUCGAGACAGUAAAUAGAUCAAUUAAUUACACUGUUUUGAUACGUGUUAUUCUAUUAUUAUUUUUCACAAACAAUAUUCACUGUAUUAACACCAAUUUGUACGAAUCUUAGCCACAUUAUUACCAACUGUUUACAAGUUAUUAUAUUUGAAUUGUUAGCGUAUGAAAUAAUCUAUUUAAAACAUUUAAAACAUUUCUCUUAUCUUCACGCGCUGGCAGAGAAACUCUAAAGGAAAAUUUUUAUAACAUGAUUUUUUUUAAAUCUUCAGAACGACAAAUAAUUAAGAAGUUCAGGCAAAAGUGAAAAACUUGUUCUGUGUCACACGAAAAAAGAAACCGAACUACUGAAUGAAACAAGAGGAAUCGCAAAUUAACACAAAACACUAAAGACACGCCCCAUAAACAGAAAGACAUAAAAUGAAACUUUUUGUUUUACAACCAUUAUCCGCCUAUAAAAAAAACAACAUGUCAUAAGUUAAUUAACUUCCAUGAAUGGUACGUUAUGUUUGUUGUCCAGCAAAAUGUGAAGAAAAAUCGAAAAGUCAAUGAGAAGAUGUUUUAGGUCCUUGCGAUGCAACUACGUUACCAACAUCAACGUUAAGCACUAACAAGAAAGUGCAAAAACAAUGGCAGAAACUUCAAUAUUUCUAAUUAGGCAACAAAAGAUGGACGGGACACGUUCGACAGGGCACCUAAAGUUAUCCAAUAUUUGGACAGGAAAAGGUGAGAACUACCAAACUGUAAGUUAUUACAGUUAUUAAAAGUUAUUAAAAAAAAUUGGAGAAAAAAAUGUUGAGGAUUAUUUUUUUUCUUUUCACCCUUUUAACAACAAACGAAAUAAAGCGUUUUACCAUUGAAGAUCUUAACGGAACGCUUGAAACAAUUUGUAAGAAAAACAUUUUAGCAAAAGCGAGCGUGUGUAAUAGCGAAAAUUUAAAGAAAAAAUCCAACCAAAAAAAAAAUACCAAACUAAAAAUUUGAUGUUAACGUAAAUGUAAUAGAGUAUAUGGAACACCGUGGAUAGGUAAUCUGUUUUAAACUAGAACCGAUGCGUACGAACCAGCCAGCACGAAGGAAAACAAAAACGUUGUGGUAAUUCUCAUGGAGGCGCCUGGUCGCUCACACUGCAUAGGUAGUUCAAUUGAAUGAUCACGCCGGUUGGUGCUGCUGAAGCAGCCUAAAAACCGUGCAAAAAAAUGCCUCGAAACCCGUUUUGCUGAAUAUUUAAAUUUUUUGUUGUUCUAAACUCACACCCAUCACAACAGUUGUGUGCCAAUUAUUAGUAAAGUAUCGCAGUCCAACAUAUCACGUGAAUAGUGGAAUCGGUUUUUUCAUACAUUUGAUCACCUACCUUAGUAGCAUAUCGAUAACGUUAUAUUUUCAUAUCGUGCUCGUAGCAAAAAAAAUAAUGUCCUACAUAUCUCCAGUUUUUUGAGCAUUUUUCAAAACCAUCCGUUACGGCCCCCCGGCCCCGGUCUGAAAGUAUUGUUUCAGAGUAUAUAAUAUCGAAAGUUACAUAACGAUCUCUAAGUGUAAAUAGGAUUGUUUCUUCCACCACAUAGUCCUGUAAAUGAAACCCUUUUAUGCUUCCCUGCGAUGGUAAAGCACGAAUGUAAAUAUGCGCGUAGUUAAGAAAACUUUACACGGUGUUUUAAAAAAAAAUAAACAAAAAGCAAAACUCUACAUACACGUACAUAUAUGGCAGAUAGGAAAACCCAGCAAAACUACUGGUAGAUUUUGUAAACAUCUGUUUCCCCUUUUCGAAUUUUACUUUUUAUUCCACCCCCUGUACCGAUUCCAUUCUCAAAAGCAGAUCAGCAAAUUUGUAAAUAUUUUAAUCGAACAAAAUAAAAACAAAAAGAACCAUCUAACAAUUUCCCAUAUACGAAGGCAAAUGUUAAGAUCCACAUAAAAUGGUAUGUACAACCGAAACAGUGUGUAAAAUGUGUGCCCAGAAAGUUUGAACUAAUUUAUUAGAAGCAGGAAGAAGAAGAAAAAAACAAGCCGUUAGUAUAAAACCGGUUCGGUACACAGUUGGUGUAACAAAUCAUUGCCACGCGGUUUGUGAAAAUGGAAAACAAUGAUAAAUCAGCGGAACUCAUAAAACAAUAAAAAACGCAAACCAGAAAUUGUAAUGUUGUUGUACAAAUAGGAAGAAGCGAGCAAAACAUAACAAAAAAAACAACCAUGUGUCUGUAAGAUUGGGCAAAAAACAAAAAAAACAAGAAAAACAUAGCAGAGAUAGUAUAAACGGUAAAGCAGAAACAAAAACAAUAAAACAUCCAAAAAAACAUUUGGAAAUAAUAAAACAAAACAAAACUCAACCAUA